CGACGACGAAGGAGGAGGACGACGACGGAGGAGGAGGACGACGACGGAGGAGGAGGAGGAGGAGGAGGGGAAGGUGGACGAGGUGGAAGAAGAGGUGGAGGAGGAGGCCACGACGAUGGAGGCGGAGGUGGGAGAGAACUUAGAGGAGGAAGAAGAGGAGGAGGGCGAGGAGUAGGACGAUGACUGGGAAGAGGAUGAGGAAGAGCAUGGRAAGGACAACRAMYAGUAGGGGGGAYAUGGAUUGGCUGGACGAGGAGGAAGAAGAAGAAGCGGGGGAGGAGGACGCCGUGGCGAUGGAGAAGAACGAGGAGGAAGACGGAGAGGAGGACGACGACGAGGAAGGAGGUGGAGGAGGAGGAGGAGGAGAAGGAGGAGGAGGAAGAAGAGGUGGAGGAGGAGGCCACGGCGAUGGAGGUGGAGGAGGAGGAGGAGGAGGACGAGGCCACAUUCUCCAUCACCACGGCCUGCUUCUCAUCACACUCCUCCAUGAUGGACGCGCCCGAUUGCGGUCACUUGUCGGUAUGGCGGGUGGGGGCGAUGGAGGGGGGGGCAGAGCAACUCCUGGCAUGCAGGUUGCAUCCACACAUGUGGGGUUGAGAGCGAGACAGAGGACCUUGGAUCCUUUCCUGGGGAACAAGGUGCAGAAAGAUCUGGACCGUCUCUUGGCACUUGCCAUGUAUCGAGGCGGUGUUUCCUUCAACUGGCUGUGGUUGAAGGAGACGCAGAAUUAUUGGGACUAUAUUAUCACUCUCUUGCGUCCCUCCAUUGUGUCGGUCCCGCGCCUGCUGACAUACGAGGGAGUCAGGACGAGGAUGCUGGACAUUAUCUACCACGAGGUCGCGGCACUCAUCGCCCCUAAGAAGGCAAAGUGGAUGAACACCGGAUGCACGUUGAUGACGGACGGGUCGACGGACCAGAGGAACAAGCCCAUCAUGAACUUCAUCGCAGCAGGGCAGUCUGGACCGGUCCUCAUUCGUACAAUCGACAUGUCAGACCGGGAGAAGACUGGCAUCAGUUUGGCGGAGAUAUGGGAGAGUGUCAUACGAGAUGACAUUAGGGUCGAGAAUGUCAAUGCGAUUUGCACAGACAAUGCGGAGGUGAUGAAGUCAGCGGCCAACGUUCUGCAGUCCCAUCCAGACUCCGCCAUUGCACGCAUUCCUUGGAUCCCGUGCGCAGCACAUUGCCUGAGCUUGCUGCUGAGGGACAUUGCUGCACAACCUUGGGCAAAAGUAGUCAUGCAGCGGGCGCACAAGUUAAUCAAGCUCAUGAGAAACAAACAGAGGGCGCUCGCACUGCACCGAGCCACGGAGCAUGCGCUGGACCCCAGACGACCAGCAGAUACUCGAUUCGGGACUGCUUUCAUGAUGUUGGAGAGGCUGUGGGCGCAAAGGUUCGUGCUUGAUGAGGUGGUGUCGUCAGAUAAGUGGAGACGUGCACGAUGGGCUGGCGAUGCACGGACUGAUGAGUCGGAGGUCCGCAGGCUGUGCAGAUCUGAUGCAUGGUGGCAGCAAGUGAAGAGAGUGAUGGACGUGAUGGAGCCGUGUUACAAUUUCCUCAGGGUCAUGGACCGCGAUGGGUCGUCACCGCCAGGUUUGUGGGAUCUGCAGUCAAUCCUCCGGAGGAAGAUUGAUGCUCUGCAGCUGGACGAGCAUCAGAGGGCGGCUGUCAUGGAGAUUGUGGCAGAUAGGUGCGCGAUGAUGCGUCAGCCUGCCCAUGCUGCGGCUUAUUUGCUGGAUCCUCGUAGGCGCGACAUGUCGCUGCUGAGGGACCGGUCGGCCCCUGUUGUGCAGAGCGCACUUGACCACUUCGCUCGCACUUUGGGCGGGGACUGGGGGGCGGAGGAGAUGCACAACCUCUGGGAGGCUUUAUGGACUUUCCAUUCAGACGAUCCGCGAUACCGGCUGGAGCAUGGACCUCACUGGUGGGACCAGUACGCCACUCGGGAUGCAGCAUCGAGGACCAUGCACCCGGCGUUGUGGUGGGACCUUCACGGCGGCCGUUUCCCAAGGUUGCAAGCCAUCGCGAAGAAGGUGCUUGGCAUGUGGUCGACAGCAACUCCUUGCGAGCGCAACUGGGCGACUCACGACUUCAUUCACACGAAGAGGCGCAACAACCUCUCCGCUAAGAGUGUUGAGAAACUCUUGUUCAUUCAUUGGAACAUGCAACUUCUCAGUGCUAGCAGGCGGCCGGAGAGUUGUUAUAUUGACGUGUGGGCGAAUAUGGUAGAGGACCCCCCAGAGGAGAUCGACGACACAGAUGUGAUCCCCCCAGAUGUGGGCGAGGAUGACUGGGAGCUGCAGGAUCAGGUUAAUCGUCUCAAGGACGGCCGUAAUCGGAUCACGUCUUUAUCAGUAGACGAUCGUUUGGCAGAUACAAUGGCCCCAUGGCAGGAUGCGGUGUGGAUGCACCGCGAGAUGAUGGAGCAGGCGCAGGCGGAUCGGGGCAGAGGGAAGGCGAGGCAUAAUGAUAGCAUGGACGAGAGGGCAGAUCAGGCAGUGGAGCACAGGGCACAACACAGGGAGGGGGUGCAGCAGGUGGGAGAGCAGUUCUCAGAGCGUCCGGGGGUCAGACAGAGUGUCGUGCAGACGGUGGAUUGGAGGGCGGACGUGGUUGCAAAGGAAUUGAUGGGGCACAGGGCUGAUCAGAGGGUGGGUGACAACACAGACCGUAUGGCGGUGCAGACUGCAGUGCAGCGGGUGGGGGGAGGUUUGGCCGCGACAGUGGAACAGAGGGCGGUCCAAAGGGUACAUCCAUGUGCUCCCCUUGCUGCAGAUCAUAGGGUGGGGCAGAGGGUGGAGCAGAGGGUGGGGCAGAGGGUGGAAGUUAGAGUGGAUGUGAGUGUGGAGCAGCAAGCGGACGAGGGGCGAUCAGACAUUGUACGCGAGAGAGUGAGUGACAGGAUUGACGAGAGUGUCGUUCGAGAUGAGGGCGUUGUGAUGGCGGAGGACAGGACGGAGGACAGGAGGGAGGAGACGGGUAGGGUUCCCCCGCAGGAGAGCCGUGCUCGAGACAUCACACUCACUAGGGGUUCAUUCUACGGGAUUCCUUCGCUGCCCCCACGUGCCGCACAAUCCUCGCAGGGGGUGGAUCUUGGUGUACAUUGCAUGUCGCCAGCACAUCGCGUGGCAGCUCAGGAGCGAGCAUCUGGUGGAGGUGGGGGAGCUCUCGACAGCGUCUCCGGUAAGGCGAUGCAGGGCGGGGGACGCAACUUGUUAAUGGCAAGUCACGCACCCUUGACCAGUGUAGCAGGCAUACCGCCAUUGCCAUCACCUACAGACAUCCUUUCACCCCGCACUUCCAUGCCCAUUGAGCGCCCUACUCUACCCACGUCACUACGACCAUCAUCAUCUAGGACUGCUACCAUGCUGGGCAUGCCCCCGCUUCCGGCACGACAGUCUUCGGCUAUCCGCGAUAAUGUGAAGACGAGCCGUGCUGGCAGGAAGAAGAGACAAAGGGAGGAUGAUGUAGGCGGGGAGCCACCUCCUACACGUCGAGGUCGUGGCCGGCCUCGUGGCUCAGGCAAAGGCCGAGGCAAGCAACACCAGUCAUGGGCACUGAGUGCACUAGGCCACGACAGGUUAGAGACUGGCGAUGUUGCGGAGGGGAUCACUGCAGGAGUUGGUGUUCUUGCAGGUGUCGGUACAAGAUCUCGAGCAGGCAGUAGAGAGAUACAGAAAACCUCUACUCGUGUGCUGGACGAUGAUCCUGAUGAGAAUGAUGAUCGCAACACCUCAGAUGAGAUGUCCGGCAGCGACUAUGAGGAGGAGACACGUAUGAGGGGUGAGGAUGAGGCAGGAGAUGACGACAACUUCGAUGGCACCGGCGACAUGGCGGACUAGUGGGAUGUACUGUGGUAGUGCCCGUCCAUCUGCGUC